UUAAUAAUUCAGGAAAAAGGUUUCUCUUGGCUAAUUUUGAAGAUCUCUCUGUGAAACAGUUACACAACAUGCAGACGCUCCCACAAGCUGUAGUUGUGGGACGAUCAGUCAACGCACUGGAAUUGAACUAGUCUGUACUACGGUGAUGGAGUAAAGAGAAAGCAUGGAGCCAGUUGAAAUAAAAACCAGCAAGGAGGUGGAUAUUUAUCGUGACACAUGGGUCCGCUUCCUAGGCUACGCUAACGAGGUAGGUGAGGCGUUCCGUGCGCUGGUGCCCAUCAGCGCAGUGUGGGGGAGUUACGCUGUGGCAACGGCCUACGUUACCACGGAUGCCGUCGACAAGGGCAGGAAGGCUGCUGAGGCUCAUGGCGAUGCCCCAGGCCGGACAACGCGGGUGGCGGUGGCGGUGGUGGACACGUUUGUCUGGCAGGCCCUAGCCUCUGUGGCAGUGCCAGGGUUCACCAUCAACCGCGUGUGUGCCGCCUCCCACUUCCUGCUGGGCCGCGCCACACGCUGGCCCCUUCCCGUACGCAAGUGGACCACCACGGCCAUCGGCCUCUCCACCAUCCCCUUCAUCAUCACACCCAUAGACAGGGGUGUGGACUACGUGCUAGACUCCAGCCUCAGGAAGGUGUAUGGACACGGAGAGAAGCACGACUGAGGAGGGAGAAUCGUGUCAGCUCGUCUCCCUGGUCUUAGUGCCCCUCCCAGGGCAGUUUAGGAGGGGGACUCCCUCCCUCCUUCUCUCUCUACCCCCCUGCCCUCCCCUCCCUCUGUCCGUCAUCCUGUCUUAUUCACCUAUAGUUUACCCUCCAUUCAUCCACCUGUUUCCUUCUCCAGCUCAUGUCCCAGCCCCCCAGCCCCCCAGCCCCUCUGCCCCCCAGCCCCUCUGCCCCUCAACCCCUCUGCCCCCCAGCCCCUCUGCCCCCCAGCCCCUCUGC